AUGGCAAACGAGUACCAAUUACUCCCUCGAAUCCGUCAGAUUAUUGAUCUGGCGUUUGAAGAACGAGCUUUGCGAGCAUAUCAUCAGGAAUAUCUCCCUCUUGCUAUUCGUAAAUUUCGGUACGAUAUUGAUAAAAAUAAUAACGUAUAUGCAAAAUAUAUGCUAGCUCGAAUAUAUCGCGUCGGGGCUGGACUUAUCGCUAAAGAUAUUGAUUCUGCGUUUGAACUUGCUGGGGCUGCUGCCGAAAAUAAUGUAGUCGAUGCUAUGGAGUUUUUACUUGAUAUUUACUGCUGUAGGAAGAGCCCCGAAGACCUUAGGUACGGUAAGUAUGUUAUUUCCAAUCAUCGAGGCGAAUAUAUUGCUUUGAGAUUGAAAUUACUUUUACAAGCUUCUGGAGAGUACGGAGCCGUAGCUUCCAGAGCAAUGAAUGAACUAUGGUCGAUACAUACUAGCGAAAAAGAUUACUCAAGAUGGAAGACCACUUUAAAAGAUAUAUUGCGCUGUUAUCGCGAGGAUGCAAUGACUAAUUCAAUAUCAGAUUCUGUAAAAUUGGGACAAAUUUAUUUGCGUUUAGCUUUAUGGAAUAUGAAAAACAAUGAAGAAGGCCACUCAAUCGAUGACAAUGCCCUUGUAUCGUUGUAUCUAGAGCAGGCCGGCGAAUAUGGUCAAGUCGCGGCAUAUUCUAUUAUCGGCCAUGAAAUCUAUCGAAAGGGUCUUGGAGUUAGCAGAGACCUAGACACGGCGUUUCUUUACGUUAAGAGAGCUGCCAAUGCUGGGCAUGAAUUGGCACUGCGUAAAUUAUGUCAUUUUCCUGAAUAUCGCUUCAAGUUAUCCACUGAGGAUCGUAUUAAUUACUUAUUAAAACAUGCUAUUCAAGCUUAUAACAUCAAAUCAUUAUAUGAAUUAGGUGUUGAAUUCUAUCGAGGUGUAAAGAUAACCAGAGAUUACGAAUUAGGCUUAGGAUGUUUUAAGUUAGCGGCUACCGCUUCUAUUAUCCUUCCCAAAGACGCUAAACUUACCAGUGACAAAGUUUACGGCAUUUCUUCAAAUAGUAACGAUGACAUUACUUGGCUGACUUUAGGAUUGUGUUACAAGUUUGGAAUAUCCAGAGAAAAGGAUUAUAAUAGAGCACUGGCAUGUUACUAUCUAGGAUUGUUCUCUACCUUAUAUUCUGGUGACUUGAUUUAUCAAUCAACCUUAGGCUGCCUUAGUGAAAUAGGAAAGGUUUUCGAAAAUCAAAAUGCAGAACUGCAUAACAAUGUAAAAGCAAUUCGUUGUUAUAAGUUGGUAAUUCAACUAUGCAAUGUAUUAAACAAUGAAAAUGGAAUCGACAAUAAUUAUGGUACGUACUGGGCAUACGCUAACUAUCGCUUGUUAAAAUUAUCUCGUAAGAUGAAAGACAGUAUAGAAAUACCUGAUCUUGAGAUAGUUCGGAAAGCAGUACAGACAGGGACUGAUAGAAAAGGAUUGUUAUCAGGCUAUCAUAAAGGAAUUAUAUGUGAAUAUGGUUUUAUUCAACAGCCGAAUUUGUAUCUUGCAUAUAAAUACUAUGUUCUGGCCACAAGUAAAUUAAUGAAAAACCCUAAUCUUGACGAUAAAGACUAUGCAACUGGAUUCCCCGCUAUACAUGAUGAUAUUUUAAGGAAAAAAGCGUAUAUACGCCGCAAGCACUUAAACUAUUUAGAAAACUGUUUCAGUAUCAUCAUUCGGAAUCUACCUGAAAAGAUCUCAUGGGCCGACUUUGCUAGUGGUCUUGGAUUUUCCAAACCUGAGAUUGCUACACUUUCUACCAGAUAUACCAAAGUGAUAAAUGAUGAAAAAAUAAUGAUCAGAAAAAUUUUGGAAGAAUGGAAAUAUCGAUGCGGGAAAAAUGUUAGCAUGAAUGACGUUGUAACCUAUAUGGAAAAAGAGGAAUUAAUGUAUAUUGCGGAACAAAUAAAGUGCUGUAGGCCAUGA